AUGGCUAGUUCUGUAGUUUUUAUUGGUUCUCCUGAAAAAAGUCCGAAAAAUUUUAAACACAUAGUUAAGCAGUUGUUCUUUGUUGCUCCUGGUGAUGUGAUUUUUCGGAUUUUUGCGGCGUUCGUGCCGCCGAUUACGAAAAAGUAUCAAAAGGUGUACGUAGAUUUACUGGGGCCUUUGUUAGGUUUGUUAAUUUUGGCCGCUUUCGUAAACUAUGGGUAUAAGUUUAAAGUUGUGACGGCGGGGCAGUCGCCGACUGAGACCGUUUUGGUUUAUAGUGCGUUGAUGCCACUUUUGUGUUUUAUGUUGUGUAAAAUGGGACGUUCGCGGAUUACGGUGUCGGAAACCGCGUCUUUGAUCGGUUACGGUCUUUACGGCCACAUUGUGACUUUAGUUUUCUCGUUUUUGUGUUUUCAGGAGCGCAGUAAUUUCUUUUUCUUUGUGUGUUUGACGGUUUUCGGGGGUUUGAGCACCCUCAGAAUCGCGCUAGUUAUUCUAGGGACUUUGGUCGCGCCUGCGGCGCGACUUCUAGUGUGUUCUGUUGUGUCAAUAGCGAAUAUUUUGUUUCUUAUUUUCGUGCAUUUCGUAUACAUGCAUCGCACUUUUACACACGAAGCGUACGCUCCUUAGAGUGAGAUGGCGGAGGAAUGUUGAACAAUAAAAUAAAUUACUAUCUA